AUGUCUGCAUAAAUUUAAGUUUGUUUAGACACGUUGGCUUUUGAUUAAAUUGAAGAAAUAAUUUUGAUUAAUGGAUAACCUUCAAUCUAAUUAACUGUAUAUACACCCUUUAGUUAAUAUUGUUUUGAAAGUAAUCAAUAUGAUUAUCUCAAGGUAAUAAGCCAAUAAAAGAAUUUUAUGAUUAUGUAUUGCAUAUCUAAAAACAUGGAUUUAUGUUAUUAAGUCUAGAUAAAGCUUAAAUUGAUCUACUAUAAACAGUAAAAGACAAAGUAAAAACAAUUAUUGCAAUUAAUAAUUUAAUUGGUGAGCUAUUAUAUAGAAGAGAUCUAAUUACAAAAUAAAAAGUAAAUAAUUGUGUUAUCUAGAGACCAUUAAUUUAUUAGGAUUGAAUUAAUAAAUUUAAGUUUAUUCACAAAUUAAAGCUUUAGUAUGUUAUUUUUAUAUACAGAUUAGAUUCCAAAUAUUGUAAUGGGUUUCAAAAUAUCAGAUUCUAAUCUUACUGUGUCAUAGAUGAUAAUUGUUAAUUAAUUAUUAAUUGUUACUUUAGAGAAUUAAAGUUAAUUAUAAAAAUUUGGUAAAAUUUGGAAUUUGAUUGAACCAGAAAUUAUGGGUUAAAUGAUAGUAUUUAUAAUUGGAGAAGUAACUCCAUUUCAUAAAAUCUUUGAUAAAUAUUAUAGUUUUAAACUAUUUUGUGUUGAAAAUAGUAAUUUUAUAAUUGUUAUAUUUAGUUAAUGAUAAGUUAAUAGUAGGAACAUGUUAAGGAACAUUAAUUGUAUACUAAAUAAUAGAAAAUUCUAUAAAAGAGAAAAAUAUUAUUUAAGUUUUAACAUCUCCAAUAUAUAAAAUUAAUCAUUUUAAUCAAGAAAUUUAUCUUGUUACAGAUAGUUAAGUUAAGAUUUUGGAUAGAUUAAACUUUGAAUUGAUUGGAGGAGGAAGUUUAAAAAAUAGAUUGUAAACAGCUUGGAUAUCUUGUUUAAAUUUUGAUGAAAAAGAAAAAUUAUUGUUUUUAGGUAAAAUUAAAUAUAUUGUAGGUACUUCAUAAGGUUUCAUGUUAGUAUAUAAGAGAACUGAAAAACUAGAAUACUUAAAUUAAAUUAAUUUUAAUGUUAAUACUUCAAUUAAAUCAAUACAAAUUAUGGAUAAUUAUCUGUAUCCAUGUACUGAAAAUGGUGUUGCUAUUAUAAAAAUGUUAUAUAAAGAUAAUUAAUUUUAAUAUUAAGAGAAAACAGCAUUUGCUAGUUAAUUAAAAUUGGUUGGAUUCAUAAAAACAUCAAAUUCUGUAUUUGGAUUUACUUAAUGUGGAUUAAUAGUUUAAUGGAAUCCAGAAAAUGGUUAAAUGAAUUAAGCUUAUAGAAUAGAUAAAAAUUGUUUAUUUGGGUUAUAUUAAUAGAAUUAAAUAUUUAUUGUUACAAGUGAACAAAUGAUUCAUAUAGUUAAUUUUUAAUGA